AUGUUGGAAAAAUUGGAUGUUAUGCAAAAACAAGUCGAGUCUCGAGACGAAGCGCUGGCUGAGGCUCGUCGCAACGCCGAAUAUCAGGCAAACAUUCAGGCCGACAGGAUCAACACUCUCGAAGCUCUGAAUAACAAUCUCAACGCCAUGCUCGAGACAGCAGAGGUGGAGAUGGAUGAUAGAAACACAUCUGUCAUGAGAGCCAAGAGCGAGGCUCGAAAGCACAGCGAAAAGACAGAGGAGUUACAGGCCAAGCUUACUGACUCGGAGAUGAGGAGGCAUUUCCUGAGAGGAAGACUGAUCCAAUCCGAGAAGGAAGUGAAGGCUAGAGACGCCAGAGCUGAGGAGCUGGUCAACAUGAACCGAGAGAUGACUCUAGAUGUGGAGAAGAAGCAGCAGGAUUGGGCAAUUCUGGAGAGUAGCUUGCGGCAGCAGCUCGAAGAUGCCCACAAAGCCACGCUGGUGGAACACCAGAAACUUGUCCAAGAUGCAGAGAAGAAGUUCCAAGCAUCCCAAGAAGCUCAUGCCAAUUGUGCAGAAGCGCUCUUUCUAGCCCGCGCAGAGAUCGACAAGCUCCGGAUGGACUUGAGCACUGCGAGAGAAGAAGCCAGAGACGAACUCGAAACAGCAGAGGAUGACAUCGAAUCGGUCACGUCUCAGUUGUUGAUGUGCCAGGACGAGCUUAAGAAGGUCAAAAGCGAGAUCAAGUCCAUUAUGCAAACGGAUUCAGCUCAUGAUCUGGAGACCAUGCAGUGUUGGGAAGAGAUAAUUAACCCAGCGACACCGGGUGAGUUUUGGUUUCCGAAGGUUUGA